UCACACAACCAGCUGUCAUUAAUUCUUGUCAAUUCAUUUCGCCGCAUGUUUUUUAUUUUGUUUAGUUGAUGAAAAAAUUUUCUAAAUAACAAAACAAAUAAUGGAUAAAAACAACGAACAACAAGAUGAUCGAACACCAUUACAUCGUGCAUGUUCGAAUGGUCAAUUAGCAUUGGUACGAAAACUUGUUCAAGAGGGUGCCGAAAUUGAUUGUCGUGAUGAAAUGGAAUGGACACCGUUGAUUAUAGCGGCAUCAGCUGGUCAUAAAGAAAUUGUUGAAUAUUUAGUGAAUAAAGGAGCCGAUAUUGAUGCAGCCACUGUAAAUGGUCAACGUGCAUUACAUUAUGCAGCAUCAAAAGAUUGGUUGGAUAUUUGUCGAUAUUUAAUUGAUUCUGGUGCAUCAAUUAAUGUUUGUGAUCGAUAUAAACAAACACCAUUACAUCGUGCUGCAUCACGUGGUCAUGAAGAUAUUGUUCGAUAUUUUCUUCAACAAUUACCAAAUCUACAGAUUAAUACAGCGGAUAGUGUUGGUAAUACACCAUUACAUUUAGCAUGUGAAGAAGAACGUGAAUCAAUAAUUAAAAUGUUAAUAAAAUCUGGUGCUAAUAUUGAUUCAUUGAAUCGAGAUAAAAAACGACCAAUUGAUUUAUGUACAAAUCAUUCAUUUCAACGUUCGAUACAAAAUUUUAUGGAAAAUUCUAUGGAAAAAUGAUAAUAAUAAUAAUAAUGAAAUUCCGCGGGAAAUUUUCCAUGUUU